AUGGCCCCAAGGAAGAGAGGUGGACGGGGGAUUUCAUUCAUCUUUUGCUGUUUCCGAAAUAAUGAUCACCCGGAAAUCACCUAUCGGCUGCGAAACGAUAGCAACUUUGCGCUUCAGACCAUGGAGCCAGCCUUACCCAUGCCCCCUGUGGAGGAGCUGGAUGUCAUGUUCACUGAACUUGUGGAUGAACUUGACCUGACAGACAAACACAGGGAAGCCAUGUUUGCACUUCCAGCUGAGAAGAAAUGGCAAAUAUACUGUAGCAAGAAAAAGGACCAGGAAGAAAACAAGGGAGCAACAAGUUGGCCUGAAUUCUACAUUGAUCAGCUCAAUUCCAUGGCUGCUAGAAAAUCUCUCCUGGCUUUAGAGAAGGAAGAGGAAGAAGAGAGAAGUAAAACUAUAGAGAGUUUGAAAACAGCACUGAGGACAAAACCAAUGAGGUUUGUAACCAGAUUCAUUGACUUGGAUGGCCUGUCAUGUAUUCUCAACUUUCUAAAGACCAUGGACUACGAGACCUCAGAGUCUCGAAUACAUACCUCUCUCAUUGGUUGUAUAAAGGCGCUAAUGAACAACUCUCAAGGCCGGGCUCAUGUCCUGGCUCACUCUGAGAGUAUAAACGUGAUUGCUCAGAGUCUGAGCACAGAGAACAUUAAAACAAAGGUGGCCGUGCUGGAAAUCUUGGGCGCCGUGUGCCUGGUUCCCGGGGGUCACAAGAAGGUUCUGCAGGCCAUGCUGCACUACCAGAAGUAUGCCAGUGAAAGAACCCGCUUUCAGACAUUAAUCAAUGACUUGGAUAAAAGCACAGGGCGGUAUCGAGAUGAAGUGAGUCUCAAGACUGCCAUCAUGUCCUUCAUCAACGCAGUGCUGAGCCAAGGCGCUGGGGUGGAAAGUUUGGACUUUAGACUUCAUCUUCGCUAUGAAUUUCUGAUGUUAGGAAUUCAACCUGUAAUAGAUAAAUUAAGGGAACAUGAAAAUUCAACAUUAGAUAGGCAUUUAGAUUUUUUCGAAAUGCUCAGAAAUGAAGAUGAACUAGAAUUUGCCAAAAGAUUUGAACUGGUUCACAUAGACACAAAAAGUGCGACUCAGAUGUUUGAGCUGACCAGGAAGAGGCUGACCCAUAGUGAAGCUUACCCUCACUUCAUGUCCAUCCUGCACCACUGCCUCCAAAUGCCUUACAAGAGAAGCGGCAACACCGUUCAGUACUGGCUGCUACUAGAUAGGAUUAUACAGCAGAUAGUUAUUCAGAAUGACAAAGGACAGGACCCUGACACCACGCCUUUGGAAAACUUUAACAUUAAGAAUGUCGUACGAAUGUUGGUCAAUGAAAAUGAAGUUAAGCAGUGGAAAGAACAAGCAGAAAAAAUGAGAAAAGAGCACAAUGAGUUGCAACAGAAAUUGGAAAAGAAAGAGCGCGAAUGUGAUGCCAAGACCCAAGAGAAGGAGGAGAUGAUGCAGACCUUAAAUAAAAUGAAAGAGAAGCUCGAAAAGGAGACUAGCGAGCAUAAGCAAGUCAAGCAGCAGGUGGCGGAUCUCACAGCACAGCUCCACGAGCUGAACAGGAGAGCUGUCUGUGCUUCGAUCCCAGGUGGACCCUCCCCUGGAGCCCCAGGGGGGCCCUUUCCUUCCUCUGUCCCAGGGUCCCUCCUCCCCCCACCACCACCUCCACCCCUGCCAGGUGGAAUGCUUCCUCCUCCACCCCCUCCCCUUCCUCCAGGCGGCCCUCCUCCUCCCCCAGGGCCUCCUCCCUUAGGGGGGAUCAUGCCACCUCCUGGUGCUCCACUGGGUCUGGCACUCAAGAAGAAAAACAUUCCUCAGCCCACAAAUGCCCUGAAAUCCUUCAACUGGUCUAAGCUGCCUGAGAAUAAACUGGAAGGAACAGUAUGGACCGAAAUUGAUGAUACAAAAGUCUUCAAAAUUCUAGACCUCGAAGACCUGGAGAGAACAUUCUCUGCCUACCAAAGACAGCAGGAUUUCUUUGUGAACAGUAACUCCAAGCAGAAAGAAGCAGAUGCCAUUGAUGACACUCUGAGUUCCAAACUUAAAGUCAAAGAACUUUCGGUGAUUGAUGGUCGGAGAGCUCAGAAUUGCAACAUCCUUCUAUCGAGGUUGAAAUUGUCCAAUGAUGAAAUCAAACGGGCAAUUCUAACAAUGGACGAGCAGGAAGAUCUGCCCAAGGACAUGUUGGAACAGCUCUUGAAAUUUGUUCCCGAAAAAAGUGACAUUGACCUGUUGGAGGAACAUAAACAUGAACUGGAUCGCAUGGCCAAGGCUGACAGGUUCCUUUUUGAGAUGAGCCGCAUCAAUCAUUACCAGCAAAGACUGCAAUCGCUGUACUUCAAAAAGAAGUUUGCAGAGCGUGUGGCAGAAGUGAAACCUAAAGUAGAAGCAAUUCGUUCUGGCUCAGAAGAGGUGUUUAGGAGCAACGCCCUGAAGCAGUUGCUAGAAGUGGUUUUGGCAUUUGGAAAUUACAUGAAUAAAGGCCAAAGAGGCAAUGCGUAUGGAUUCAAGAUAUCCAGCCUAAACAAGAUUGCUGACACAAAAUCUAGUAUUGACAAGAAUAUUACACUUCUGCACUAUCUCAUAACCAUUGUGGAAAAUAAAUACCCCAAGGUCCUCAAUCUAAAUGAAGAACUGCGGGACAUUCCUCAGGCAGCGAAAGUAAACAUGACUGAGCUGGACAAAGAAAUAAGUACCUUGAGAAGUGGCUUGAAAGCAGUAGAGAUGGAGCUGGAAUAUCAAAAGUCUCAGCCCCCACAACCCGGAGAUAAGUUUGUGUCUGUUGUCAGCCAGUUCAUCACAGUAGCCAGCUUCAGCUUCUCUGAUGUCGAAGACCUUCUAGCAGAAGCUAAAGACCUGUUUACUAAAGCAGUGAAACACUUUGGAGAAGAGGCUGGCAAAAUCCAGCCGGAUGAGUUCUUUGGCAUUUUUGAUCAGUUUCUCCAAGCUGUGUCGGAAGCCAAACAAGAGAAUGAAAACAUGAGAAAGAAAAAGGAGGAAGAGGAACGCCGUGCUCGCAUGGAGGCUCAGCUCAAAGAACAGCGUGAAAGGGAACGUAAAAUGAGGAAAGCAAAAGAGAAUAGUGAAGAAGGUGGAGAGUUCGAUGACCUGGUUUCAGCUUUACGCUCAGGAGAAGUGUUUGACAAAGACCUUUCUAAACUGAAACGGAACCGCAAGCGUAUUACCAACCAGAUGACGGACAGCAGCCGAGAGAGACCCGUCACAAAACUUAAUUUCUAA